AUGGAGUCACCACAAACAAGAAAAUCGGGGCUAAAUCUCCCAGCUGGAAUGUCCAGCAUAACCUCCUUACGCCUCGAAACCCUCUCAACUCCGCCAUCCUCCGCUUCACCUCGUGCAAUCUCAAAUCUCUCAUCAUCACCUUCUAAAUCUUCUUCAUGUAGUGAUAGAUUCAUACCUUGUAGAUCCUCUUCAAGACUUCACACGUUCGGAUUAAUCGAUAAACCAUCACCGGUUAAAGAAGGGAGUAACGAAGCUUAUUCGAGAUUAUUGAAAUCUGAACUUUUUGGAGCUGAUUUUGCUUCUCCUUCUUCUCCUGCAGGUUGUGGUGCUGCUGGUGGUGGCGGUCCUGCUUCGCCUAUGAUCAGUCCUAGCAAGAAUAUGCUUCGGUUUAAGACGGAUCAUUCUGGACCUUCUUCGCCGUUUUCAUCAUCUUCGCCUUCGAUUUUUGGACAUCAUUCUGGAUUCUCUAAUGAAUCUGCUACUCCUCCUAAGCCUCCUAGGAAAGUACCCAAGACACCCCACAAGGUUUUGGAUGCGCCUUCACUUCAAGAUGACUUUUACUUGAAUCUUGUGGACUGGUCCUCACAAAAUACUCUUGCAGUGGGGCUUGGCACUUGUGUUUAUCUAUGGAGUGCUUCAAACAGCAAAGUGACUAAGCUUUGUGACUUGGGGCCUUAUGAUGGUGUUUGUUCUGUCCAGUGGACCAAGGAGGGUUCUUUCAUAUCUAUUGGUACAAACCUCGGUCAAGUUCAGAUUUGGGAUGGUACUAAAUGCAAAAAGGUCAGAACAAUGGCAGGGCAUCAAACAAGAACAGGUGUCUUGGCAUGGAAUUCUCGAAUUUUGGCUUCAGGGAGUAGGGAUAGGAACAUUCUUCAGCAUGACAUGAGGGUUUCAAGUGACUUCAUUGGCAAGCUUGUUGGCCACAAGUCCGAGGUUUGUGGAUUGAAAUGGUCAUGUGAUGACAGGGAACUUGCUUCUGGUGGCAAUGAUAAUCAGCUGUUGGUAUGGAAUCAGCACUCUCAGACACCAACUUUGAGACUUACAGAGCACACUGCGGCCGUGAAGGCCAUUGCUUGGUCACCUCACCAGAGCAACCUCCUUGUGUCUGGAGGUGGAACUGCGGAUAGGUGUAUUCGUUUCUGGAACACUACAAAUGGUCACCAAUUGAACUCGGUUGACACUGGAAGCCAGGUGUGUAACCUUGCUUGGAGUAAAAAUGUAAACGAGCUAGUAAGUACUCAUGGUUACUCACAAAAUCAAAUCAUGGUGUGGAAAUAUCCAUCACUAGCAAAGGUUGCAACUCUAACCGGCCAUAGCAUGAGAGUACUAUACCUUGCAACGUCUCCUGAUGGUCAGACAAUAGUGACUGGUGCUGGGGACGAGACUCUGCGGUUUUGGAAUAUUUUCCCAUCAAUGAAAACACCUGCCACAGUUAAAGAUACAGGCCUUUGGUCACUCGGCCGCACCCAAAUUCGGUGA